UGAAAUAAUGAUCUCAAAUAAUUUAAUAAUUAAAAUUAAAAUAUAGGGAGUACAAAAAAUAAGUUUGUGUAUUUUAUGUCUGUUGGGAGGUUCCUCGUCUUAUAUAAAUGGAUAGGAGCUAAUUUCUUGAAGCCUCCCCCCAAACACGGCCUUAAACAAUGCAAACCUCCGACAUCACGCGCCUCCCCCACGCCGACGCCGACCCAACCUCCCACCACCGCUCCGAUCAUCUUCAUCAUCUCCGGCCACCACCACCGGGCCCGCGGCGGGGGCUAGAAGACCCAAACGACGAGAGGAAAGAAAGGAGAAUGAUAUCAAACCGGGAGUCGGCGAGGCGGUCCCGGAUGCGGAAGCAAAGGCAGCUGCGUGAGCUCUGGUCGCACCUCCUCUGGCUCCGCGGUGAAAACCAGCUCCUCUGCCACCGGCUCGGCCGCCUCGCGGAGGGGUACCGGCGAACCGUUGCCGAGAAUGCCCGGCUGAGGGAAGACGCCGCCGAGCUUCGGAAAUUCCUCACUCUUGAAAUGCAUUGCUUGGACUCCCCUUUCCCCUAGUUUGGUCUCUUUUGUCCCCAGACCAACUCAACCAAAAACUUGUAUAUAGUUCUUUUUUUGGUUAAGAAAUCAAAUAAACUAAAGUUAUAUUU